AGCGAGAGAGAGAGAGAGAGCGAGUGAACGAGAGAGGGGCAGGAGGAGGGGUCCUGAGAGUCACUGUGCUUGAGCGGGACCAACAGCAGCAGCAGCAGCAGCAGCAGGAGCAGCAGCAGCAGGAGCACUGAGGCGAGAGGGGAGAAGGGAGCAUCUCCGCCACCCCGUAAGCCCAGCAGUAGCAGCUCGCCAGCGGACGCCAGCAUGGCACAAGCCGCCAAACAUCUCCGCAAGAACAAGGACUUGGAGGCUCAGCUUGAGCAGGAGCGCAAGGAGAAGGAGGAGGAGAAAGCCAGGAAGAGGAACCGCUCCAGAGACAAGAAGCGCAAGGCCCAGGCGGUUCAGCGCUGGCUAAGCCAUCAGGAGUGUAGUGUUGGCUCUGAGCUGCCGGAGGCACAGGGAGUGUGGGACUGUGAUGAUGAAACAGCUGAUGCUGGUAACAGUUUUUUGCGGGCAGCUCGCUCAGGGAACCUGGACAAGGCCCUGGACCACAUAAAGAAUGGUAUAGAUAUCAACACAGCCAAUCAGAAUGGGUUAAACGGCCUACAUCUAGCCUCUAAAGAAGGUCACGUCAAAAUGGUGCUGGAGCUACUACACAAUGGCAUAGUCUUAGAGACCACAACAAAGAAAGGGAACACAGCACUUCACAUAGCUGCAUUAGCUGGACAAGAGCAGGUGGUCAUGGAGUUGGUCAAUUAUGGUGCGAACGUCAAUGCACAGUCCCAGAAGGGCUUCACUCCACUUUACAUGGCUGCACAAGAGAACCAUCUAGAGGUUGUGAAGUUUCUUCUUGAGAAUGGAGCUAACCAGAGCAUUCCAACUGAGGAUGGCUUUACCCCUUUGGCCGUAGCUCUUCAGCAGGGUCAUGAGAAUGUGGUAGCUCUGCUCAUCAACUACGGCACCAAGGGCAAGGUCCGCCUCCCCGCGCUACAUAUAGCCGCGCGCAACGAUGACACACGCACUGCCGCAGUGUUGCUGCAAAAUGACCCCAACCCCGAUGUGCUCAGCAAGACAGGUUUCACGCCACUGCACAUUGCUGCCCACUACGAGAAUCUGAACGUGGCCCAACUGCUCCUCAACCGAGGAGCCGAUGUCAACUUCACACCGAAGAAUGGAAUCACACCUCUCCACAUAGCAGCGAGGCGAGGGAAUGUGAUCAUGGUCAGACUGCUGCUUGACCGAGGAGCCACCAUCGAUGCCAAGACUAAAGAUGAGUUAACACCUCUACACUGUGCAGCAAGAAAUGGCCAUGUUCGCAUCAUAGAAAUCCUCCUGGACCAGGGAGCUCCCAUCCAGGCCAAGACCAAAAAUGGCCUUUCUCCCAUCCAUAUGGCAGCCCAAGGGGAUCACAUGGACUGUGUGCGGCAACUACUUCAGUACAAUGCUGAGAUUGAUGAUAUCACCCUGGACCACCUAACCCCAUUGCACGUUGCCGCCCACUGCGGACACCAUCGCAUGGCCAAAGUCCUUCUUGACAAAGGAGCCAAACCUAAUACACGCGCCCUGAAUGGUUUCACACCCCUUCAUAUUGCCUGUAAGAAGAACCACAUGCGUGUAAUGGACCUUCUGCUCAAACACGGAGCAUCGCUAGAAGCAGUUACAGAGUCUGGUCUGACCCCACUGCAUGUCGCCUCAUUUAUGGGUCACCUGAAGAUUGUGACGAUUCUGCUACAAAAGGGUGCCUCUCCUCAUGCCUCCAACGUGAAAGUGGAGACUCCUCUGCACAUGGCUUCCCGGGCGGGUCACUGUGAAGUGGCUGAAUUCUUGUUGCAGAAUGGAGCUCCAGUUGACGCUAAAGCCAAGGACGACCAAACUCCACUGCACUGUGCGUCUCGGAUGGGUCAGGAGGACCUGGUGAAGCUGCUACUGGACCACAAAGCCAACCCCAACUCCAGCACCACAUCCGGGCACACACCCCUGCACAUCACUGCACGGGAGGGACACACACAAACUGCACAAAUUCUUCUGGACAUGAAUGCACAGCAGACAAAGAUGACCAAGAAAGGCUUCACACCACUCCAUGUUGCAUCAAAAUAUGGGAAAGUGGAUGUGGCCCAACUCUUGCUAGAAAGAGGAGCCAACCCUAAUGCUGCUGGCAAGAAUGGACUGACUCCGCUGCAUGUGGCAGUACAUCACAACAACCUAGAUGUGGUAAACCUGCUGGUCAGCAAGGGGGGGUCACCUCACAGCGCAGCAAGGAAUGGCUACACCCCCCUGCACAUUGCCAGUAAGCAGAAUCAGGUGGAGGUGGCCAGCAGCCUGCUGCAGAGUGGGGCAUCGGCCAACGCAGAGUCUCUCCAGGGAGUCACGCCUCUGCACCUCGCCUCUCAGGAGGGCAGCCCAGACAUGGUGAACCUGCUCAUCUCAAAACAGGCCAAUGUCAACCUGGGAAACAAGAGUGGCUUGACUCCGUUGCACCUGGUGGCACAGGAAGGGCAUGUGGGCAUAGCAGACAUACUGGUGAAGCAGGGUGCCUCUGUGUAUGCUGCCACAAGGAUGGGCUAUACCCCUCUCCACGUAGGAUGUCACUAUGGUAACGUCAAGCUGGUGAAGUUUCUCCUCCAACAACAGGCCAAUGUCAACAGCAAAACCAGGUUGGGAUACACACCCCUUCAUCAGGCAGCUCAGCAGGGUCACACUGACAUCGUCACCCUGCUGCUGAAGCAUGGAGCUCAGCCCAACGAGACCACUACUCAUGGCACCUCUGCUCUCGCUAUCGCCAAGCGUCUAGGUUACAUCUCCGUCAUAGAUGUUCUCAAGCUGGUCACUGAGGAGACUGUCACUAUGACAACUACAGAGAAGCAUCGUAUGAGCUUCCCCGAGACUGUAGACGAGAUCCUAGAUGUGUCCGAGGAUGAAGGGCUCGCACAGCUAACGCUAGGUGAGGAGUUGCUCUGUAACGACGGGGCCAGAUACCUAAAAAUGGACGGCAUGAAGGACCAUGAUGAUGAUUUCCUCUCUCCAAAGAAAGCUAUAGAGAAUUACUCUCCAGCAAUUCCCAGGAUUCCUUGUGUGUCCCCAGAGACUGUGGUCUUAAAGGAGCAUGAGAUUGAUCAGCAACACACACCCCUCCCCCUGCCAAAGGAGUACGAUGAGGACUCACUGAUUCCCAGCAGUCCUGCCACUGAAACCUCAGAUAACGUCAGCCCAGUCGCCAGCCCCAUACACACUGGGUUCCUGGUGAGCUUCAUGGUGGAUGCUCGUGGUGGCUCCAUGCGGGGCAGCAGACACAAUGGGCUGCGUGUGAUUGUGCCUCCACGCACCUGCGCUGCCCCAACCCGCAUCACCUGCCGCCUGGUCAAGCCCCAGAAGCUCCAAACCCCGCCCCCGCUCGUGGAGGGGGAAGGGCUUGCCAGCCGCAUCAUCUCCCUGGGCCCAGCGGGCAUGCAGUUCCUAGGGCCAGUGAUUGUGGAGAUCCCCCACUUUGCAGCACUGGGGCGGGGUGACCGUGAGCUUGUGGUCCUGAGAAGUGAGAACGGAUCAGUGUGGAAGGAGCAUCGCAAUCGCUAUGGUGACGAGGUGUUGGAGACCAUCCUGAACGGCAUGGAUGAGGACCUAGAGAGCCAAGAGGAGCUGGGGAAAAAGCGAAUUCGCCGCAUCAUCUCCACCGACUUCCCACUCUACUUUGCCGUGGUGUCCCGCAUCCAGCAGGAGAGCGACCUGAUUGGUCCGGAAGGAGGUCAGCUGACCAGCAAGCUGGUGCCGCAAGUGCAGGCAUCCUUCCCCGAGACAGCAGUGACCAAGCGUGUCCGGCUGGGCCUGCAGGCCCAGCCGGUCCCAGAUGAGCUGGUUGCGAAGCUCCUGGGCAACCAGGCCACGUUCAGCCCGGUGGUGACGGUGGAGCCUCGCCGCCGUAAGUUCCACCGACCCAUCGGCCUGCGCAUCCCCCUACCCCCGUCCUGGAAGGACAGCCCCCGUGACACCGGCGAGGGAGACACCACCAGCCUGCGCUUGCUCUGCAGUGUCAUUGGUGGUACAGCCCCAGCUCAGUGGGAGGACAUCACAGGAACCACCAAGUUGCUCUACUCCAGUGACUGUGCCAACUUUACUACCAAUGUCUCAGCGCGGUUCUGGCUGGCGGACUGCCCUCGUACGGCGGAGGCGGUGUCCUUUGCCAACCUCCUGUACCGCGAGCUGGUGGCCGUGCCCUACAUGGCCAAGUUCGUGGUGUUCGCCAAGAUGAACGAGGUUCGCGAAGGGCGCCUGCGUUGCUACUGCAUGACCGACGACAAGAUGGACAAGACCCUGGAGCAGCACGAGAACUUCACGGAAGUGGCCCGCAGCCGAGACAUCGAGGUGAUGGAGGGCAUGCCGCUGCACCUGGAGUGCUCAGGGAACCUGAUCCCCGUCAGGAAGGCUACCCAGCAGCCCCGCUGCUUCAGCUUCCAGGCCUUCAGGGACAACCGCCUGCCCGUCUCGGUCAAGGUCAGAGACAGCAGUAAAGAACCUUCUGGGUUUUUGUCUUUCUUGCGGAAGUCGACCAAAUACGAAGAUAGUCAGCAGGUGCUCUGCAACCUUAACAUUACAAUGCCUCCCUGCAUUAAGAUUGUGGGCAGUGAGGACCGCAGGAGGACUUUGACCCCUCUGGCCCUGAGAGAGAGAUACAGCGCCUUGAAUGAGCCUGCCAUGGCAUCAUUGAGUGCCAUGGAGAGGACAGAGCUCAAGAUGGCCGUCAUAGCUGAACAGCUGGGACUAAGCUGGGCUGAGUUGGCAAGAGAGCUCCACUUCAGUGUGGACCACAUCAAUAAGAUCCGUGUGGAGAACCCUAAUUCCCUCCUGGAGCAAAGCUCUACACUUCUGAACCUGUGGGCUACACGUGAGGGAAAGAGAGCUAAGAUGGACAGUCUGUAUCUGGCGCUGAAGGCUAUUGACCGGAUGGACAUUGUGAGCAUGCUGGAGGGCCAGCCCCCUCCCCAGCAGCAGCAGCAGCAGCAGCAGCAGCAGGGUCGGCAGAGCCGAGACCAAUCCAGACGCAGACACAACGAUCGUGACCACCUCUCACCCGGGAUGGCCAACGGUUAUGGGCUGGCGGUCCGUGAGGAGAUGCUCUCCCCAGCAUCGCUGCAGUACAGCCUGCCCUCGCCACUGGGCAGCGAGCCUUACUGGCAAGAGGUGUCCAGCCUGGACUGCGCGCCCAUGGCGACCACCGAGGAGGACACGCUGAUGGAGAUGUCGGACAUGCAGGUGUGGCCGUCUGGCAACAGCCCCUCGUUGGUGGCGGUGGAGGACUCCUCGUUAGAGUGCAGCCGAGCCGAUGACUCAGAUGCUCCGCUGCCCCACGGGAGCCUGGGAAGGCCCAACAGCAGGGGGUCAGGGGCGGGCACAGGGAUGGGCGGCCGGGGCGGACUCAGCGGCUCCAUUGAGCUGCUGGAGGACCAGUCGGAGCUAGGCUGCGACUCGGAGCAGCAGAGCUUGGCGGGGACGCCGGCCGGGGUCAACAUCAAUGGGCUGGAUGGAAGUCAGGGGUCAGAGGUCACGGCAGUAGGAGCUGGAGGAGGGGGGGGAGGAGGAGAAGGUGGAGGAGGAGGAGGAGGAGUGGGAUUAGAAGAAGGCCUGUCUGUCGUUGCAGGGCAACAGCGGGUGUAUGCACGAAUGAGUGACUCGCCUGGCCUGAGCCAUGUGGCAGACCGAAAUGGAGACAGGUCACCCCCAGGGUCCUUCCUUUCCUACCUGCCCGACCCAGCAGCGCCCGGGUGGCAAGGGAUGACCGAUGUCGCCCAGAACUGGGUGGGGCCAUCUCAAGCCAACACCAGGCAGGCUAUGGAGUCCAUGAUGUCAUCGAUGCGCAGCACAAUGGACGGAGACACCAGCCAAUCCCGUGUGGCCCAGGAGGCCCUGCUGCAGCCGGUGCGGGACAUGGGCCACUCGGAGAUCCUGCGCGGCCACUUUCGGGGAACCCAGCCGUUUGAGAAGGGCCUUGGUUUCCCGCAUCGUGUGCCAGAGCUGCGGGGUUGGGGACAGGGUGACGAGGCGGAGGAUCUGCCGGGAGAGCACGUGAGUGAGGAGCAGUUCACAGAUGAGCAUGGCAACAUAGUCACCAAGAAGAUCGUGAGGAAGGUGGUGCGCAGAGGGAAAGGUGCAGAGGAGAAUGAGGGUGGUGAACUGCUGCUGGAAGGUUCUCUCUCUGAGGAGGGAGACAACGACUCGUACGUCAGCUACGCUGUGCUAGGCCACGACACCAAGCCAGAUGUUGUGGAUAUGAAGAAAGGUGCUCAGAUAGUAAAGUGCGUCAGUCUGCGGAGGGUUCAGCAGUGAUGCCCACGCCCUCCUCCUGCAGGAUCUGCCCCCUAACCCCUCCUACACAGACACAUGAUAGACACUGAUGUGGCGAGAAGAGUGGUGAGAGGCCAGUCACCCGAAACAACCACCCGUCUCCAUGACGACAACAUCAACAACAAACAACAACAACAACAACAACAAAAAUAACAACUACUGCAACCAUGUCCACCAUCACUACAGACACCCUCUGGAAUCGUGGAGGAGCCAUUUUCCUAUGUUAUUGUUUUUUAAAGAAGCGAGAGAUGAGGACAGACAUAGCUAGAUGAGGCAUGUUUUCAUAGAAAACCAAAUCUAAAAACAAACUAAAGCAAAAAAGAGAAAAAAAAAACACAAGCUUCCUGUUCCUCUCUGAGCAUGCCAAGAGCUGCGCAUGGCCUGCCUGCUGACUCAGCACCUACUGCAAAGGAUCAUGGGACUCUGGGUGGGGCAGCAGUUGUUGGGGUGCCCUGCCCGGUGAUGGAUCUGUAUGAUGCAACUUUUGAAAAGGGGACAAGUUUCCCCCUCACAGACAAACAUUCAAAUACUACACACACAUCCACAGACACCCAAAGACACAUAUACACUGAUACUCACAAGCACCCAGACAAACACACUCACACAUCCACAAAUCCACAGUCAAUCAUUAACAUGUGCAUACAAAGUUUUAGUCUUCCAGUACAUAAUAUAUGCACCCAAAAGCUAGAUGAAUGGUGAAUGUAUGUACAUGUAUGGGUGUGGAUGUCUGUGUGUGUGUGUGUGUGUGUGUGUGUGUGUGUGUGUAUAGAAGUAUGUUUGUGUGUGUGUGUGUGUGUGUGUGUGUGUGUGUGUGUGUGUGUGUGUGUGUGUGUGUGUGUAUGUUAUGUCACGCAACUAUGCUAUGACGACCACGCUGCUGUCUUGAAUACCCCAAAUCGCUCCUCUCUCUGUUAUAAUGUUGGGUUCAGUAGAAACAUACAAUAUCUUGUUGCUAAUAUUAUUAUUACUCUUAUUAUUCUGAGGUAUUAUUGAUAUUCUGUAGAGAUUGCUCUUUGUGGGAAUGAGAACUAAAUCUACUUUGUUGUGUUGUUCUGCCUGUUUUAAAUGUCAAACAUUCUGUCUGGAAACUCUU